CUGGGUCGGGGUUUUUUCUAGCUAGCUGCUAAUAAUUAAAUGUAAAUCUUGUAUUUUUUUAUAUGACAAAACACUUUCUAUCAGCAUAAACGUGAAAGGUUCCCACUUUGCGACCUAAAUAGCUUCAUCGAACGGGAACCUCAAGGUUGUCUUUGUUUCCAAGGGACUUUAUUUGUAAGGAACACCGUGUUCCGUGUCGUAAGUUUGCAAUAUUGGUAAGUAACACAAGCUAAAUCCAUCCAAAACACAGCUCGUUCUUUGUGUUAAAUGAUUUGCCGUCUGUUUUUGUUGAAGCCACUGGAGCUGUUUAGCAGCUAAUGUACGAUGUCCGGGUUAUUGUAGCAGUUUUAGCUGUUUUUAACCGGUUUUUAGCGGUUUUAUUUAGUUUAGCCUGGGCUCAUUUGCAAACAUGGAGCAGACUGCCAGCGUCAACACAGAUCCUGGCCAUCGCUCAGUCACUAAUGGUCGUUGCUCUCAGUGGCGCAACUGGACUGGAUUUUGGUUCCUUGGAUUGUGCAACAACUUUGCCUAUGUGGUAAUGCUGAGCGCUGCCCAUGACAUCCUCAAAAAACAAGAGUCAGAAAAUGGCACAGCACCUACACCACCGACAGUGGCUGUGGAUUUCCAAGGCAGGAACAGUAGCAACAGUAGCCGCUAUGACUGCAAUCCUGUCUCUACUGCGGCUGUGCUGUUAGCUGACAUCCUCCCAACGCUUGUCAUCAAGCUGUUUGCUCCUUUUGUAAUCCACAACCUGCCUUAUGGUGUCAGAGUGUUGUUCUGUGUCAUCGUGGCAGCUGCAAGUUUCCUCCUUGUGUCUUUAUCGACUGCCGUCUGGAUCAGCAUUCUAGGAGUGAUCUUCGCCAGUAUCAGCGCUGGACUGGGAGAACUGUCCUUCCUCUCUCUCACUGUCUUCUUCACCAGGGAUGUACUGGGAGGUUGGGGCUCAGGUACUGGUGGUGCUGGUGUUGCUGGAGCCUUCCUCUACUCAGGCUUCACCCAGAUUGGCCUGUCACCCCAGAUCACACUUCUCAUCAUGCUGGUGGUCCCAUUCGCCAUGUUGAUUAGCUAUUUCAUCCUGCUGGUUCCUCCACCUUCAUUCCCUCAGUGGAGAAGCAGGACGAUGGAGUAUACAGCUGUGGGCUCAGAGGAGAGACAGCGGCUGGUGGAUGAUUCAGAUCAAGAGCAGCAGGAGAAAUCAACCCCAGCAGAUGACAGGAGCACUGGACCUCUCACCUUCACAGAGAAACUGCAUGUCAGCAGAGGUUUGCUGAAGUUUGUGUUUCCCCUGGGGCUGGUUUACUUUGCAGAGUACUUCAUCAACCAGGGCUUGAUGGAGCUCCUGUAUUUCCCAAACUUUUUCCUGUCCCACGCAGAGCAGUAUCGCUGGUACCAGACGCUGUACCAGGUAGGUGUGUUCGUGUCUCGAUCCUCCCUGUGCUGUGUGAAGAUCAGGAAAGUGUGGGCUCUCUCUUUGCUACAGGUGGUGAAUGCGGUGUUGCUCCUGUUCGCAGUACGUUACCAGUUCCUGCCCAGUGCCUGGCUGGUGUUUGUUAUUGUCCUCUAUGAGGGUCUGCUGGGUGGAGCUGCGUAUGUCAACACCUUCUACUUCAUCAGCAAAGAGACUGAAGACAGACAGAGGGAGUUUGCCAUGGCUGCUGCCAGUGUAGGAGACAGUCUGGGCAUAGCUCUGGCUGGAGUCGCUGCUUUCCCCAUCCACAGAUAUUUCUGUUCGCUCUGACCCCGCCCACACACUGACCAGCAGGAUGAAUAAGAGAGACGUGGGUGUCUUCCAUUUAAGGGAUGUUUUUUGAUCAGAAAUGAAAAAAGCAGACUCUACUCCUACGUAACAUUGACUCUCUCAAACUGUAUUAAAUGUGGAUUCCUAAUCACCAUGAGUGAGCCAGAGAGACGAGGACUCACUUACCAGCUUGUCCUUUUCACCACCUCCCAAGGAUCAACCAAUGCAGCUUUUUGAGGUACAUGUUGAAUCAUCCUUUGAGUAGGUGUGAUCACAGUGGUUUGCCAUAGAAUAGGAAGCCAGGGUAAGGUCCCAUAUAAUGCUCAUUUUCAAGCUCAUACUUUUAUUUGGUACUACUAGAAAAGGUUUACACAUGUUGGAGGUUUGCUGGUUUGCACAAACUGCACUGACAGCCUGUUUCACAGCUGCACAAGAAAAGCCUUAUAGUGGCUCAGUGGUGAAAAGAUGUAAUUAGGCAAAAUGAAGAAAUUUAGUAUGAAUCACACACAUCUCAAAGAAACAAAAUAUAUGACACAAUCAUAAUAUAUUUAAUAUAUAUAUACAUUAUAUAUUUCAAUAGUGUUUUCUGCACAAGCGUGUUUGUGAAUGACAAGACACAGUGAAGUAUGUCAUUUUCAAUAAUUACGCCUACUGUAUCUUUAUCUCGUCUUAUACUUUAAAUGAUUCCUGUAGCUGACAGCAACAACUAAUUCUAAACUGGCCAACCACCAGACUACAGCAUAAAAACAAUAGUUUUACUGAUCUCACUUAUCUUUUUUUUCUUAUAAUAAUGACGUAUUCAAAUUGACAAGUGUGUGUUAAACUUUCGCUGCCUUUCAGAGCUUCAUUAUAUAAAAUGACCCAAAGCAACUGAGACAAAACUGUUACAGUAAAAUGGUCGGUGGUCAAGAUGUGACAAUAUUAUACAAUAUGUGUGAUGAUAAUUAGACAUUUGAAAUGUUUUGUGCUGACUGUGGUGGAGUUAUGUGAUCACAGUUAUACCAUUAUUACAUGUUGAUUCUGGGACUAAACUCAUAAUAUGAUAUAAUAUAAUAUAAUAUAAUAUAAUAUAAUAAUAAUUGAAAUAAUGUGUAAUAAUAAUUCAUUUGUAAAAUUCCUCCAGGGGUUAGAAGCUCCCUUGUAAAUGAAAAUGUAAAAAUGUUUUAUGAUGCCCUCUGUGCUCAUAGAGCAAGGUUCAAUCAGGUUAUUGCUUAACUAACUCACCUAUGUUGUUGCCUUUUAGUCACUGCUACUAUAACACAGGCCAUGACUAAAGUGACCAGAAAAGUCCUUUACUGUUUCUACCAAAGUUUCUACCAAAAUGUGGCUUAGCAAUUUAUAUUUUAUGCACUGUAACAAUCUGGAAAACAGGACAAUGACCAGAGGUUUAAAAUUAUAAUUAUUUUAAAAUUAUAACAAGUCAGGAAAAGGGUUUUUUAACAAAAGAUACAUAACAGUAUGUCUGUCAUGACUGUUAACAUCACCAGGGCAUUUUGCCUUUGUUCUGCACUUUGUUGUGAGUUCUUCUUCUUUGCUCCAAAAAUCUUAGUACUCCUGCUUUGUCAAAGUAAUUAAAUUUAAGUUUUAAAAUGUGAUUUUACAAUCCAACAAAGUUGUGUUUCAUUUACGAAAAAAAACGUUUUCUCUUAAAGAUGUCUCACCAAUGUGCACAUUCCUACUGAAAUUUUUGAAGACCAUUAUUUAAUAUGAUACUGCUGCUGUUCAAUUGUCAUAACUUUGUUACAGUUUGAUCUCAUGUUAUAAGCAUGUACUUGUUUGAAUAACUUUAACUAAGCUUUAACUACAUAAGCUGUAACUGCAUAAUUGAGGAGGAAAAAACAUUAAAACGCGUAAUUGUCUUGUAAAAUAAAACAUGUAUACAGUUUGAAGUACAUUUGAAAAUGAGGUCUUUAUUAUAAAGAUAUACAAUAGAAUA